UUGCGAAUGCAGAGUGUCGACGAGGUAGCGCCCGCCGCGCUUGCCGCGUCCUCGCCGACAUCUCCAUCCGUUGAUGCAUUCACAACCGGUGGCACUGGGCCUUGUGGCGAUGAAAAGUCGUUCGAGAUGGACUUGGUGAGCCGGCUGCGACUGCUUCUCCAGCGGGAGGCGGCAGCCACGUCACCGCUGAAGCAGGCCCAGCAGCAACGACGCGCCGAGUGGCAUCCGUUGGUGCAGCAGCUGAAAAAGUGCCUCGGACAGUCGCAGCACCCGCCACCUCCCGUGUACCCCUUGGGUUUUGACAAGUCGCAGCGAAACCCACCAAAAGUGUCGGCAGUCGCGUGGAAAUCCACGCUGCAGCGCUUCGAGUCGGCCAAAGCGAGGACGCAGUCCAAGCUAGCAUCGAAGCGAGCGAGUUUGGAGGACGAAGCGACAAAGGAGCUGUCGUUUCGACCGCAAAUCGAUGCCAAGAGCCAGCGGAUGGCCGCUCAGUUUCCAAGCUUCCACGAGCGGCAGCGCAACACAGUCGCGUGGCGAGACAACCACGUGGCAGCCGAGCGCGAGCAGCGCCGCCUUAAGGAGGCGCAAGCACUGCGGCCGGUACCAGACAUCAAAACGCCGUGUUUGUGUGGCCAGGGGGGCCUGUCGUCGUCAUCUACGUCGUCGCCGCACCACGAACCAGAACACACAGUCGCGUGUACCCGCUUCAUGGAGAUCUGCGCGUCAACCAACAAGUCGUUCAAGAUUCAAAAAAAGACCCACGCGAUGCGGCGAUCCGUCGAUGACAUGCUGGCAUAUGGCGACACCAAGUACAUUCGCCAGGUAGAACGGUCUGUCGCGCUGAGAGCGGUCGAGGACGCCGAAGCCACGUUUUCACCGCGCAUAAACCCUCAAUCGAAAAAGAUCUACAAGGCAAUGGUUCAGAGCGGUCGCACGGGGAAGGAAGCCAAAGUGUCGGCCCCACCGCCAGUAGACUUUACGUUCCAGCCGGCAAUCAAUCGCAAGUCCAAGGAAAUAGCGGCCAAGCUCGAUAAAGGCCAACCCAACAGCGUAUUCGACCGCCUCGACCGCGAGGCAGACGAGCGGCUCUUUAAGCUCAUGCAGUCGCAGAUCCAAUCCGUGGACGCGAGCGUUCGGCACGCAGAUUUGGUCAAGGUUGGCCGUAACGACGUUCAGAUCAAGAGCCUCCUCCAUCAGUACCCAGACUGCCCUAUGUCGCCGACGCGCGCGCCGCCGCCAAAGACAGUGAUCGAUGUAGACGUCGUCGGCUUGUCCAGCGUCGCGUUUAUCAUGGCCAACUUUACCAACGGCCAAGCAUUGUUUUUGCCUCGAGAUGGGAACAACAAGCUCGCCGUCGAGCAGCGCCGCAAGUCGUCGUUCCAAGCCAGCGUCGAUGGCAGCAACAUGCGGCGGCGGUCGCAAACGUCGCCGAUGCCAUCAACGUGAACGUUUGAUUGGAUGGAAAAUGAAACCGAAAUGCGUUUGAUUGGCUGGUUUUCGAAAUGGACGAAUGCCAUUGGACAAAAAUGAAAUAUGUCAAACAGCA